AUGCGCCUUCUUUUUAACCUUGCGGCUCUGGCAGCCGUUAUCCCGUUUGUUCUUGGCCAAGAUGAUUGCUCGGUUAGCUACGUGUAUGCAGAUGUCAGCUCGUCUGUGGAGGCCGCACCGAGCUCCGCUGCGUACCCGGCUGGGUCCUCUACAUUGGCAACCUCCGUGAAGGCAUCCUCGUCCGCGGUCGUCUCCGCUUCUUCUUUGCCCGCUGCAUCAAGCGCGUCUACCCAGCCGGCUUCGAGCUACACAGCAGCUGGUUCCUACCCGACGACCAGCGGCACCUCAUUCGUGAUCGAUGGCGAGAAAAGCUACUUCGCUGGCACCAACUCGUACUGGAUCGGUUUCCUGACCAACAACGAUGAUGUUGACACCGUCAUGCAGCACCUGAAGGAAUCGGGACUUGAGGUUCUUCGUGUUUGGGGUUUCAACGACGUCAACACUACUCAGAGCUCUGGCACGGUCUACUACCAGUCGUUUAUUGGUGAUGAGCCGACCAUCAACACUGGUCCUGAUGGUCUCCAGCGGCUUGAUUAUGUCGUCAAAUCUGCCGAAGCGCACGGCAUCAAACUGAUCAUCAACUUCGUCAACAAUUGGACUGACUAUGGUGGCAUGGCCGCCUACUUCAACUGGGCCGGCAUCAGCUCCAACCAGGAAUGGUACAACAACACCAAAGCCCAGGGCCAGUACCAGAAGUACAUCAAGGCCGUGGUAUCGCGCUACUCCGACAGCUCCGCCGUCUUCGCCUGGGAGCUCGCCAACGAGCCCCGCUGCAACGGCUGCGACACAAGCAUCAUGACCACCUGGAUUGCAGACACGUCCAAGUACAUCAAGAGCCUCGACUCCAAGCACAUGGUGACGACCGGCGAGGAGGGUUUCGGCCUCGACACCGGCGACGAUGGAUCCUACCCUUACACGUACACGGAAGGUACUGACUUCGUCGCCAACUGCGCUGUGCCCGACAUCGACUUCUGCACCUACCACCUCUACCCGUCCAGCUGGUCUGUCAGCCCUGCGCAGGCCUGGGGCAACAGCUGGAUCGAGAACCACGGCAAAGCCUGCGCCAAGCUUGGAAAGCCGUGUGUGCUGGAGGAGUUUGGAUUCGAGACUGACCGUUGCACGAUUGAGAGUUCUUGGGAAGCUACGUCGCUUCAGAGUGCUGGUAAUGCUGGAGACAUGUAUUGGCAGUAUGGCGAUACGCUGUCGAAUGGACAGACAUCGGACGACGGGUUCACCGUUUACUACGGCUCAGAUCUCUUCGACUGCCUUGUGACGGUGCACGUUGAAGCAAUCGAUGCGGCUUAG